UUCGCCGCCGGUGACCCAGCGAUCAAAUGCGCAGGCGUAAAGAUCACAGCUGGGUUCCGAAAAUCGCGCAUGCGCUCAGUGGACGAAAGGCUCUGGCGGAUCGGCCGCAGGUUAGAAACAGCAAAGAAUGUGUGUAGGGGAAUCUCAAACACAACAACAAGGGAUUCUCUCAUUCAGCCAACCUGCUGAGACCCCAGUGAGUUCACUGUGCUGAGAGAGGCCAUUCACCUGCUCUCUGUUUGGGAAGAAAUUUGCUCAGCCGAACCGCAGACCCACCGGUGGGUUCACUCUGAAGAGAGAGAGGCCAUUCACGAGUUCUGUGUGUGAGAUUCAUUUACAGUGCUGAUCUCACGACACACCAGUGAGUUCACAGUGGGGAGAGAGGCUAGUCACCUGCUCUAUGCGUGGGACGAGAUUCUCUUACUAAACCUAUCCAACGACACACCAGUGUGUUCAGUGCUGAGGGAGGCCAUUCACUUGCUCUGUGUGUCGGAAGAAAUUCAGUCACUCAGCUGACCUGCAAAGUUCGCCUUGGGGAGAGGUCAUUCAUCUCCUCUGUGUGUGGGAGGGGAUCUACUCAGUCAUCCAGCCUGAAGAUACAUCAGCAAGUUCACACCACAGGGAGAGGGUUCACCUGUUCUGACUGAGUGAAGUGAUUCAUUCUGUCAUCCAAGCUGACAAUACAUCAGAAAUUUCACACCAGUGAGAGGCCAUUCACCUGCUCUGUGUCUGAGAGCAGAUUCACUCAUUCAGCCAACCCACAAACAAACCAGUGAGUUCACAAGGGAGAGAGACUUUUCAACUGCUCUGUUCACUCAGUCAUCUGAUCUGUUACCUCAUGAACGAAUUCACACCGGGGAGAGCCAUACAUCUGAUCAAGCAGUGGGAAGGAAUUCUCUCAGUCAUUUCAACUGAAGGUACACCAGCGAGUUCACACUGGGGAGAGGCCGUUCACCUGCCCAGACUGUGGGAAGGGAUUCACUCAGUCAUCCCACCUACAGCCACACCACUCAGUUCAUACCAGAGAGAUGCCAUUCACCUGCUCAGACUGUGGGAAGGGAUUCUCUCAGUCUUCUCAUCUGAAGGCACACCAGCGAGUUCACACUGGGGAGAGGCCGUACACCUGCUCUGAUUGCGGGAAAGGAUUCACUCAAUCAUCUCAACUGAAGGUACAUCAGCGAGUUCACACUGGGGAGAGGCCAUUCACCUGCCCAGAGUGUGGGAAGGGAUUCUCUCAAUCAUCUCAAUUGAAAGUACAUCAGCGAGUUCACACUGGGGAGAGGCCGUUCACCUGCUUAGACUGUGGAAGGGGAUUCUCUCAGUCCUCCCAAUUACUGGCACACCAGUCAGUUCACACUGGAGAGAGGCCUUUCAUCUGCUCAGACUGUGGGAAAGGAUUCACUCUGUCAUCCCACCUACUGACACACCAGUCAGUUCACACUGGGGAGAGGCCGUUCACCUGCUCAGAUUGUGGGAAAAGAUUUUCUCGAUCAUCUCAACUGAAAGUACAUCAGCGAGUUCACACAGGAGAGAGGCCAUUUGCCUGCUCAGACUGUGGGAAGGGGUUCUCUCAGUUACCUCAACUGAAGUUGCAUUGGCGAGUUCACACUGGAGAGAGGCCAUUUACCUGUUCAGACUGUGGGAAGGGAUUCACCCUGUCAUCCCACUUACUAACACACCAGUCAAUUCACACUGGGGAGAAGCCAUUCACCUGCUCCGACUGUGGUAAACGUUUCUCUUGCUCAUCUCAACUGAAGGUACAUCAACGAGUUCACACUGGAGAGAGGCCGUUCACCUGCUCAGACUGUGGGAAGGGAUUCACUCAGUCAUUUCACUUGAAUGCACAUCAGCUGGUUCACACUGGGGAGAAACCAUUCACGUGCUCUGAAUGUGGGAAGGGAUUCUCUCGGUCAUCCAACCUUGUGAAACACUACCGAGUUCACACACGGAAAAAGGUUUAAUAAGCUGCUUGCUGGCUGUGUAACCACCACAGUUGUUGAAUCCAGAUGCAAGUUCAAAAGUGACUGUUGGUGUUGAACUCUGCAAUUAUUGCUGCUGCUCAUCACACCCAGUUCUGCACCCUGGUCACUGGGCAUGGGAGGAGUUUCUUCUGCUGUUACUGGGACUGGAGUUUCAUGUUCUGGAUCUGUGACUAAUAAAUCAGUUCUAUUUUAAACUCUGUCUCAGGGACUGAGUAAAUCUGCAACACACCCUGUGUACAGAAGGAAGUUGACACAGCCCAGCUGGUCCCUGUCAGUGUUUCUGUUGCACAACAGUCCUUUUAAAUCCAUCCCUGCUGUUCGCCUCUCACCCUCCCUGUGGUGAUGGGUUGCAAACAGUCACCACUCUGUGGACGAAGAAUUUCCUGCAUGACUUUCUGCAGACUGACGAAGAAGACGAGCUGACUGCAGUUAUGUCUGACUUAUUCUUCAUCCCUCAAAUCUCUGGGCUGAGGAUCAAUGACAAUGGCCGUUAGCCUCCUUAUUCCCUGCUCACUUUAUUAAUAAGGGUCAUUUUCACAGCUUCUAAAUGGCUGUCUCUGUCACAGGUGGGUUGUUUGAAUACUGUCCUCUAAAAUAUGAAAGGUGAAUAGGGAACUAUUAGUUGAACAUUCAGUGGAGCAGAGUCAGAAAGCAGAAACAGGUCAGCACAGGGCAGAGUUUGGGGCUCCGACCAGAAAAGGGAAUCAUGAUUGGGAAAAGGGGAAGGACAGGGGAGGGAGCAGGAUGCACCAGAGAGACAUCCUGUGAAGAUCAAAUAGCAACUGUUUGGAAUCAAAUGACCUUUCCUGGUGUCUCAGGACUGCGUGUGUCUGCACCCGCACCACCCUCUGUCCCUGGCACUCGGUCUCUGUCACCUGUCCCACUCCCCUCCCGCAGCGCUCUACUCCUGACAUUCCCAAAAUCCUAUGCUCCUGCCAAAUUGACAAACUGCUCUCCACUCCAUGUUGACAAAUGCAGCAACGUGCAAAAGCCCUGGGCACCCUAGCUAUGGAUACUGCACGGGCUUAAGACUUUUUCACAGUACUGUACCUGACAAGUCUGAAGAGAUUCUGUAAAUAAUUUGGCAAAUCAUCUUCAUAACAAAACAGCUGAAAGUACAUCAGUCAAUUUGCAGAGUUUGUUGUCUUUUGCAUACUGGUUGUCUGCCCUGUUUUGGGAGUCCAAGAAUGAGCGAAAAACUGUUUCUUCACGAUCAUUUAAACGUUUUUACAAAAAUUUUGUUUGAAAACUUGGAUCUAUUGAAUGUGCCUGCAAGAAAAUGAAUCCAAGGUUGCCUAUGGUGUCAUAUCUGUACUUUGAUAAUAAAUUUACUUUGAAUGUUG